AUGGUAUUCCCUGUACUGGCGUGCACAGACAUCCGCGGGGUUAAAAUUAACGUGGAGUUGCCCUUCGAUGAACCGCCGGCCUCACUUCACGAUUUACACAAAACUCUCGAAGAUGUCUUUCGCGGUGAAGAGAACGCCAUUCGGCAUCAGGAUACUACAAUACAAAACGGUAAAACUCGUCCCUCCGAGCCGUUUACACUCAGUCGUGUGCAACGGUAUGAGGAUGAUAAACAGACGUGGUCCGAACUUAAAGAUGUACGACAAUUACGUGCAUAUGAUCAAUUGUAUGUAUUUCGCAAGAAUGCCACAAAGGCAGAUAUAUCUGUGCAGCGAGAAAUACCGGCCCCACGUAAUAGUUUGUACUUUCCAUCUCGACAAACUGCAGGGAAGGGAUUGGGAAGAAACUCUAGUGAAAGAGGUACACAGCAACCAUCAUCACUCUCAUCACCCCCACCAUUACUACCACAAGGACAAGGACAAGGACAAGAAGAGAAAAAAUAUCAAGAUCAUCCAUUAUUAUCCAUAUCGUCAACUACACAAGGUGGUGAUAAUAUUCAUUCGAAUGGAAUCUCUCACACACCACCACCACCAUCAUCAUCAUUAUUAAUGCGACGCACAGAAAAUCAUUUUGGUUCUCCAAAUGGUGGUCCUUUAGGUCCAUCUAGAGAUCAAACACAUAAUGGUUUUGCGGAAUCCUACACAGGGCCUCUCAUUCAGGAUCAAAUAGAUACUGUUUUUGGUAUUGGUGAUCCAACACAUAAAGGGUAUUUAACUGUGCGUGAUUUUCAAAGUAUAUUUCAUGCCUGUCAGAUUCAAUUUCCACCGGAUGUCGUUGAGGAUUUACACCGUUCCUUCGCAAAAGAAAAACGUGGAGAACUAAUUAUGUCAUUUCAUGACUUUCAUAGUUAUGCACGUGAUUUUGCGCAAGCAAUUAACAUCGCCUAUUCACGUUGGAAAAACCAAGAGCGACAAAAGACUCUUGAACGGGAAUAUCAUAAUGCCAAUUCCACUGUGGAUGAUCUUCAAAUGCAAAAGAGAGCUUUAGAAGAACGUCUAGAAGCCAUAAAGAAACAAUUAGAGAGAGAACAGGAAAAGAAAGCUCGACUUGAGAAUGAGGCAGAUGAGAUGAGAAGAUUGUCCAAUCCAGAUUAUCGUAUGCAAGAACAGAAACUCCUCGACAAGGAAGUUAGUGUAUUUAAGUAUAGACAAAAACUUCACCAAGAGGAGAUUGAUUAUGAACGUUUAGCAGAAGAACGCCGGCGGCGAACACCGAGUGCGAUGCCAGAUCAUUUACAAGCUAAAAGUUCUGUUGAUCGCUACGGGCCGCGUGACUAG